AUCUUUCUGACUCACACUCAAACCUUUUUCAACUCACUUUCAAGUUUCAAAUUCUAAAGGCAAGUAGGCAACCCUUUUAAUCUCAUCUAACUUCCAAGUUAUUCCUCAACCAACAACAUUAUCGAUUCCCAAAUUCUAAACACUCCCACAAACUCUUUAUAAGUCUUUCGAUCUUAUCAAGUUUCAAGGCGAUGAAACAGAUUCAAGGGUUCAGAAUUCGACUGAAGCUCGUUAAAGCCUUCAAAUGGGUAACUCAUGAAAGAAAGACGCAUUCCAGAUACAGUAAACUAAAACCAACAAACUGUAGAGAUAAAGCAAUAGCAAGGCUCUGCAAAUUAGGCCGGAGUUUGAAGAGGAGUCUUAAGGAGCUUUGCUGUUCGAAACCCGGUUCAGAUUAUGCUCGGAUCGGAGUGGGAAUCUCCGGUGAGAAAAAACCGGUGCCGAGAGGGCAUUUGGCGGUGUACUUUGGUGAAGAAGAAGACGAUGCACAUAGGGUUUUGGUGCCGGUGAUAUAUUUUAAUCACCCGUUUUUUGGCGAACUGUUGAGAGAAACUGAGAAGGUUUACGGGUUUGAUCAUCGUGGUGGCAUUCAUGUACCCUGCCGGAUAUCGGAGUUCGAGAAUGUACAAAUGAGGAUUUGUUCCGCCGGUGGUUGUGGUGGAAGACGCGGCCGUUCAUGGCGGAGCUGGUUGUAACUCAUGGGCUGCUACCUUUUUUUUUCUUUGCUGCCAACUUUUUACGGCUAUCUUGUAUCCUCUUAAACUUAUCUAAAAAAGAAAAGAAUAAGUUUUUGGGAUUUUGUUGAUCUUUUUUUUCUUCCUUCUUUUUAUGAUUUUAUCCUUGGUUCUCACUUUGUAAAUAGAAUUUCAAUUUUAUACUUUCUUUAAGUAA